CCACCUCGCCUUCUCCAGGCAUCUCCCAUAAAUCACGGGUGGGAGGGAGGCGGCUUGAUUCCCCUGCGCCGGAGAGCUGCACCUCACCCUCCCUCCGAGGGAUUUGCAGCAGUGGCGGUGGCCGUGGCUGGCUGAUUCGGGCACCAGGGAAGCAAUUGAUUCGUCCACAGCCAGCCUGGAGUUGUCUACGCUGAGCUGACACGCACGGGCAUCUCCGCCGCGCUUUCAAACCAAGUCACAGGGAGUUAGCUGCUCCCCAGUGGGCAGAGAAGAGAGGGAUCAGCUCUCCGAAUUGCCUGCACCUCGCAGGUCCCCUGCUGUUGAGGCGUCCCGAACUCUGCCAUGACCGACACUGUAUUCAGCAGCGGCUCCAGCCGGUGGACAUGUCCCAGUGACAGGCCUCUUCAGUCCAAUGAUAAAGAACAGCUGCAGGGGGGCUGGUCCGGUGGUCAAGCUGGCAGCCCGAGGAAGCAGGAUGAGCUGACAGAUGAGGAGAAGGAGAUCAUAAACAGUGUGAUUGCACGCGCAGAGAAGAUGGAGGCGCUGGAGCAGGAGCGCAUUGGGCGCCUUGUGGACCGUCUGGAGAACAUGAGGAAGAACGUGGCGGGGGACGGGGUGAACCGCUGCAUCCUGUGUGGAGAACAGCUUGGGGCGCUGGGCUCAGCCUGUGUCGUGUGUGAGGACUGUAAGAAGAACGUCUGCACCAAAUGUGGCGUCGAGACCUCCAACAACCGCCCACAUCCCGUGUGGCUGUGCAAAAUCUGCAUUGAGCAGAGGGAGGUGUGGAAGCGUUCUGGAGCAUGGUUCUUCAAGGGUUUCCCUAAGCAAGUCCUGCCCCAGAAAAUGCCUAUAAGGAAGACCAAGCCUCAACAGCCUGUCCCUGAGCCUGUUGCCCCUGAGCAGCCCACUCCCGAGCCCAAACACACUGCCCGGGCUUCAGCUCGAGGCCCUGAGCCGGCUACCACUCCAGGGAGAGGAAGCCACGGACCCCCAGUUCGCAGGGCCUCUGAGGCACGAAUGAGCCCAGCCAGCCGGGAUGCUGACGGCUGGGACCAAGGCACAGCUGGAGAAGGGGACACGGGCCGGAGCCCAGCAGGUUUGCGACGAGCCAACUCAGUCCAGGCUGCCAGAGUUACUCCUGCCCCGAUGCAGAACCCACCCACUGCUCAGUCUGGGCAGCCAGGACCCCCUGGAGGCAGCAGACCCAGCCCUGGGCCAGCAGGACGCUUCCCAGACCAGAGAGCUGAAGCAGCUCCCAGCGACCCUGGCCACAUCCCGGCUGCAGCCCCACCCCGGGAGGAGCGGAUUGUUGGAGCCAGGGAGGAUAGAGCCGGCCACGCCCAAGGGCCCCCCCAACCCACCGCGGCCCCUGCCCGUCAGCCCCCUCCCUCAGAGGAGGAGGAGGAGGAAGCCAACAGCUAUGACUCAGAUGAAGCGACCACCCUGGGUGCCCUCGAGUUCAGCCUCCUCUAUGACCAAGACAGCAGCUCCCUGAACUGUACCAUCAUAAAGGCCAAGGGCCUAAAGCCCAUGGACUCCAACGGCCUGGCCGACCCCUACGUGAAACUGCACCUUUUGCCAGGAGCCAGCAAGUCCAACAAACUCCGGACAAAGACCCUGCGGAACACAAGGAACCCAGUGUGGAACGAGACUUUGGUGUACCACGGCAUCACCGACGAGGACAUGCAGAGGAAGACGCUGAGGAUCUCUGUCUGUGACGAGGACAAGUUUGGCCAUAACGAGUUUAUCGGAGAGACAAGAUUCUCACUCAAGAAACUGAAACCCAAUCAGAGGAAGAAUUUCAACAUCUGCUUGGAGCGGGUCAUCCCGAUGAAGCGUGCGGGGACCACUGGCUCUGCCCGAGGCAUGGCCCUGUAUGAGGAGGAGCAGGUGGAACGAGCUGGGGACAUCGUGGAGCGUGGGAAGAUCCUGGUGUCCCUCAUGUACAGCACGCAGCAGGGAGGCCUCAUUGUGGGCAUCGUACGCUGUGUGCACCUGGCCGCCAUGGAUGCCAAUGGCUACUCGGACCCCUUUGUCAAGCUCUGGCUGAAACCAGACAUGGGAAAGAAGGCCAAACACAAGACUCAGAUCAAGAAGAAAACCUUGAACCCUGAGUUUAACGAGGAGUUCUUCUAUGACAUCAAGCAUAGUGACCUCGCCAAGAAGUCCUUGGACAUCUCAGUCUGGGACUAUGACAUCGGCAAAUCCAAUGACUACAUUGGGGGCUGCCAGCUUGGCAUCUCGGCCAAGGGCGAGCGCUUGAAACACUGGUAUGAGUGUCUGAAGAACAAGGAUAAGCGCAUUGAGCGGUGGCACCAGCUGCAGAAUGAGAACCACGUGUCCAGCGACUAGUCCCGCCUCGAGCCCAACCUGCCUGCCCAUGCCCGGCCCGCCUGCCCGCCUGCCCAUGGCUCUGCCUCCCCAUAGCCCACAGCCUCCCUGCCACGGGCACUGUAGAAAAGACCCUCAUCCAUCCUUGGGGGGUGGGCAGCUCCAGGCUCAGCUUCCUCCUCCACCAGCUCCUCUGGGAUGGAGAAGUGGGUUGGGGGGGCCCUUGAACAGCCUCUGCAGCGGGCAUAUGCCAGGGCUGCUGUCCUGCUUCAGGACUGUCCUAGACCCACCAGCCUGGACACAGGUAGCCUGUCACCUUGCUAACUUGCAGGCUUCCCCCAGAACAUGCUCCCUGAUUGCCACGGAAACAGGCCCCAGGACUCAGCACCCUACAUCCAGCAAGGCACACGCGGGGGCCAGAGGGACUCCGUCUCCCCCAUGCGAGAUGUUGUCUAUUUGCUUAGUAACUAAAAGCCACUUAGACUCCAAUUAUUUCCCCAGCACCCCUUUCUUGCUGCCUUUCUCCUCCCCCCUCCCCAGGUAAUGGGGGGGAAUAACCAACAAGUGAAUCCAGCUGUGCCUCUCCCAUCUGGCAGCAGCUUCCCAAAGACUCACCUGAACCCCCAUUUUUUUUACCACCCAGGGGCCAGGGUCUUUGGCCCCGGGUGGGCUUAAGAGGCCAUGAGACCAGAACUCGGGGUGCGGAGCCUACUCAGCCCCCUGCUUCCUUCUAUCCUCCUUCAGCCCCCACUCUGUUUCUGCACCAUGCAGGCAGGCGUGAGGGUAAGUCUGAGCAGCAAAUCCUGCUGCUCCCAAUGGCCCGGUCCCCUGUUGCAUCAGCCUGGAUCCCCUCCCCUGAAAGAAUAAACCCUAAAUGCACCGUGAAGAAAUGACUUAAAAUAAACAUCGAAGCUAACUUUGGGCUCGGAACCCCAAAAGCUUAGUUUCUCCAAUUUCCAUUUAACUUCCCUUCCUCAUGACUAGCCUUUUGCUGCCUCCCCCCAGUGUAUCAAUAGAAAUCACCAGACAGGCACUUUGACUCACAAUGACCCCCCCCCCACACACACAGCACACCUCCCCCAACCCCUACACCCCAUUUCUGGGGGACACGGACCUCACCUGGAAUCACCGUCUGGAACAUCAAGUUCUUCCUCCCCAGGCCGGCCAACAGCUUCCUGGCUGCCAAUCUCUGCCCAGCCCUGCCCACACCGUGCCCACGCUCAGCCUUAGGCAGAAAGCAUGCUGGCUGGAGCCCACCAGCGCAGGGACUGGCACUGGGAUCAGCAUGUAGCAAGCUCUGGCCGGGCGCAAGCUCGCCCUCCAACAGUGGGGCCCCUUCUGCCUAGAACCCCCCUCCACACCCUCUGGUGCAUGCCGACCUGCCCACUGCCUCCCCCACCCCGACUUUCUCCAUGACAAUGUAGCCCCGAAUAAAGUAGGACUAUUCAGGAAAAA